ACCUUUAGCAAGUGACGUGUUAAUACGCAACUGCAAUCCAGAUCAAAAUGGGCCAACGCGUGACGCGAACCGAUUUCGAAUGGGUCCAAAACAAACAGUCACACGUGAUUCGGCGGAACGCCAUGUUGAAGAAAUAUCCGCAAAUUAAGAAACUGUUUGGUGUUGAUCCCAGGCUCAAGUAUGUGGUUACCGCGUUAGUGUUCGCGCAGUUUUUCAUGCUAUACGUGAUGCAAAACCAGUCGUGGAAAAUGAUUUUCCUCGUGGCGUACUUCGUCGGUGCAGUGAUCAACCAUUCUCUUAUGGUAGCUAGUCAUGAAAUCGUUCACAACUUGGCAUUUGGCCAUGCACGACCACUGGCCAAUCGUUACUUUGGGAUGUGGUGCAACAUACCAAUUGGUUUGCCGUUCUCAAUAACGUACAAAAAGUAUCAUACGUUGCACCACAUGUACUUAUCACAGGAGGUUCUGGAUCACGACAUUCCCACAAUAGCGGAAGCGAAAAUGUUUACAACAACACUUGGAAAGCUUAUUUACCUGAUUGUGCAACCUACAUUUUUUGUAUUUCGGCCGUUCUUCGUAAAUCCUAUGCCCAUCCAGAAAUUGGAAAUCGUCAACGCCGUAGUGCAGUUCGUUUUCGACAUAUUGGUGGUUGCCGUUUUCGGCUGGAAAAUGCUGUCCUUCCUGUUGAUUUCCUCGUUUUUCGCGUUAAGUCUUCACCCGAUUGCCGGACAUUUGAUUUCCGAUCAUUACAUGUUCAAAAAGGGCUUUGAGACAUACUCGUAUUACGGUCCGUUGAAUUGGAUCCACUUCAAUGUUGGUUAUCACAAUGAACAUCAUGAUUUUCCAUCAAUUCCCGGAAGCAGGUUGCCGGAAGUAAAGAAGAUCGCACCAGAGUUUUACGAGACAAUACCGUAUCAUACAUCCUACCUCCGUGUGCUGUAUGACUUUGUUACAGAUCCUGCUGUCGGCCUGUAUGCAAGAGUAAAGCGAAAGCCUCUGGAAAAGGAAACGGUUUCUUCACAAGAUUGAACUGAAUGGAGAAUCUAAAAUAAGAUGUGAUAGAAUAGGCAGGAAAUUAUUAUUUUCUUUUUUGAUACCUGCAUGCUUGGGAACAAACAUAAGAAUGAAUUCUAGAGUUGUGUUUUUAAAGUGGAUUUGAAAGGUAUCAGAAUAGAAAGUUUUCUGAAAUAGGUGAUUUUUGAAUAAUGUUCUAAAUAAAUAGGAAAUUUACCUUGAUGAAAGCUAAGAAAGAGA